CCGUCGAUUAGUAGAUCGCAUAUCAACAGAAGCGAAAUCGAAAGUGGGGCAACCGGAAAAAAAGCUUAAUACCAUAUGGCAGAAGGAGGCGAAUACAACAUUUCAGUACGAGGAUCUGAUGCAGACCUUGAAUACUCGUGCACACCGUGCGCUGACGAGGGCAAUGAUGAAAAGGCGUUGAAAUACUGUCUGGAAUGUAAAGAGUAUCUCUGUGCAGCGUGUAUAAAAUAUCAUCUUAAGUUUUCUGCAACGAAGAAACACACGCUACAAGAUAACGAAUUCCAACGUUCUGAGAGAGAUUCCAUCGACACUACAUCGAAUGAGGACAAAAUGUUUAAAUGUCUCUAUCAUCCUGACAGGAAUAUCGAAAUGUAUUGCGGUGAUCAUGACAAUGUGUAUUGCUCUCUCUGUGUUGCUAAGAACCAUAGACAAUGCAGCGGAAUUCUAGAGCUUGAAGAAGCAACUUCUAAGAUUCCUAUAAACAAGCAAGACGACAUAUUACGACAGAUUGAUACUUUGCAAGCUGAUAUACAAGCAACUAGACAGAGGAAAGAAGUCAAUUUGAUUGCACUUGAUCAAGACAAGAAUGAUAUUCUAAAAACCAUUGAAGACACUAAACUUUUGAUCAUCGACAAAGUCAAGACAUUAGCUUCAGAUGUGAAAGCAAAGACUUGUUCUAGAUAUGAUUGUCUGAAAAAGGAUAUUCAACAUAAAGAUUCUGUUCUUUUGCGUGCUAUAACUGAUACCGAUAAAGUAAGAAAAAAAUGUGAAACCCAAGCUGAUUUAGAUGCAAAGGGGCAAUUUGUAAGGCACAUGCUACACAAACAUACCCUUUCUAAAACAAAAAAUAUACUUGCUAGCGUAGAAAAAGAUGAAAAGAAAAUGAAAUGUUUUAAGAAUGACGAGUUUAUACAACAAGUGUCAACAGCUGAAUGGCUUGUUCAAGUUGUUGGAAGUAACAGUAGCGUUCCUACCACUGAGCAGCCAAUGCACAAACAGUCACACAGAGAAGUAUCUGUAAAGGGAAACAGAGACAAGAAUACAUGCUCUAUCCUUGGAAUAUGCCAGCUUAAUGAUGAUACUUUUUUAAUAGCGGAUAGCUCUAAUAAAUCGCUCAAAAGGCUGAAUAAAGACUUCAGUAUCACAGGGGAACACAACCUAGAUUCUAGUCCUAUAAGUAUGUGUUCGGUUGGCAAAACUGAAGUAGCUGUUAAAUUGCUAAAUCACACUGUACUGUUUGUUUCCAUUGAUGAAACAUUUAUUAAUAAACAGUCAUUUAUUACAGAAGGCAGUGGCCUGAUUGGUCUUGUGUAUUACUGCAACGAACUUUGGUCCUACACUGGAAAUGGCAUCACUGUCUAUAACAGAGAAGGAACGGUCAUAAAAGCUAUCACAAGAAAUACAUUUGAAGGAACACUUUUCAAGGCGGUUGGUAAACAUCUUGUCCCAGUUGCAUCUGACAAAGAGUUUAUAUAUGUAUCAGAUUUGGAUAAUCAGGUAGCAUGUAUAGAUAAAGACGGAAAUGUGUGGUCAAUAAUGGGGUUGGAAAGACUCAAAAGAGCAAGGAGAGCGUGUAUUGCUCAGAAUGGUAUCAUUUUUCUUGCAGGAAUCAUCUCGGGCAAUAUUAUGAUGUUCAAUAAGAAAGGUAAAUGUUUAGGGGAAUUGUUAGACGGAUUAGUCAAACCAGAAUCUCUGUGCUAUGACAACAAGAACCACCAACUGAUUGUUGGACAUGAAAACAGGAAUACUAUUACAGUAAUAACUAUAGAUGAAUGUUUGUAAACUAGAUGGUAGUGACAGGAACAAAAAAGAUGCAGAUAAAUAUUUCAUGAUUAACUCUGAUAACAAUCAAACAUAACUUAGGCUACGUAGGUGAUGAGAUAUUUUGUAAUAUUUUGAGGUAUGUGAAACAUAAAUUUUGAAACCAGCAUUCAUUUGAAACUUACAUACAUGUAUAUAAUACAUGUAUAUAAAAUUUGAUUAAAUUUGAAACCACUAUUUAUUUGAGGCAAUUAUUUGAGAAGCAUGAUGACAAAGGUUAUAAGUUAUGUGCUCCAAUUACCUGUUUGUAUAUGUAGAGUUUUAGAUGAUUGACUUGGAGACCACCAAACUCCCGACUAAUCCAAAACUACUGAGACACCCAGUAUAGGUUAAAUCAUCUAUUAAUUUAAGCACGAAGUUGAAGGCAGUGCGCGUAUUACACGGACGAUUUCCGCGCUUUUUCUCUGCACUUUCAUGGUUCAAAUGACUAUCGAUAAUUUUUACAACAUUUGUUUUUUUUUGUUCUUUCCUGUUAUGAAAAAAUGUAUGUUUUUAUUUUAAUAUAUGUAGCGAGUGCAAAUUUGACGUUGUUAAUAUUACAUUAUUUUCCUACGAUGUAUAAUUAUGAUGUUGGGUAUAAAAUAUAUCUUGACAGAUAAGAAUUGAGAUUUUAACAGACACUUUUAUAUUAGGAAAAUAUUAGAACAAAAAUACCAUAACAUUGGAUUAUUUUCGGUUAUGAGGUCAUCCCUGAUUAAUGAGAAAAAAAGAUUUGAUUUGACCCAAUUCUCUGUUUUACAUAUAUUUAUAGUUUUAGCAGAAAAUAUCUUUUUUGUACAAUACUGUAGAAAUAAAGUUUAUUAAGUACGCAUUAUGAAAUUUUUACAUUCGCGUUUGCUUUAAAUCCUAUAGACCCAAAUACAUGCACCUUGUAUCAUUAAACCUACACCUGGUAUUAUUAUUACUAUUAUUAUCAUUAUUAUUAAAAGAAUCGUCAGUUCCGUUAACUUAAUACUUACAUGUAUAAGCUUCAUCAGUCUUAAUCUGAAAAACAUUGUUUGGACAUUGACGAAUUGAAGUCAUCUGGAAUUGUGGUAAUUUUGUUGUUUAUAAGUGUAAUUUGAGAGAGAAUGACCGUGAUGAAUACUUUAGUAUUGAAUUAUUUUAUUAGCAUUUUUGUUUGUUAAUUAUUAAGUUUUUAUUUAGCUUUAUUCCGGUCUCGGUAGAAAUUAUUGCACAAAAAUGCAGCUUCAAUUUCUUUUUUUUUUCUUUACAAAAACUGUUGAUGCCAUACUGAGUACACGGUGUCUUAUGUUACUCGAAUUCUAAUAAUAAACAUUCUUACUUUAUCAUGAGCAAAUUUUAUUUCAGUAAAUAAAUUGUAAAAAAUGGAGAAAAUAAGCAUAUAACUUUUUGUAUUCAUUGCAUUUUUGUUGAUCAUAUUUUGUAAAUAUUGCCUUCUUUCGAAAUGUGAAAAAUUAUUUGUAAGAUGUUGUAAGAAAUAAAAUAGGAAAACAUGAAGUCGAAUAUUUUUUUGUUUAAAUGAUAUAUGAAACAGUUUUUGAAUCAUUUUGACAUUUUAUGUACCAUAUGUACUGCCAGAGGUUUGAAUAAUCUAACUGUAUCUCCCUGACACCACCCGUACUUUAAAAACAAUUUUCAGUGAUAUCAAUUUAGUUAUUUUUUAUGAUAAUAAAACUUCAUUAGUUUGCAAACAUACUUUUGAUCAUAAGACGUGCAUGAACUUUUCUCUUUCUUCUCAACAUUUAAAGAAGUUAUAGCAUAGUAUUGAUAAU